CGGAUCUAAAAAAGUGGAGAGAGAGGGUGAGGGUGGGCUAAAUUCCUGGUGGUUCAGUCGCUGGGCUCCUCGGUUUAUUUUCUCUCUCCUCUGUCCCUCCUUUAACGCGUUCACGCGUAGACUAGCUUGUCGCUUGUCCGUGGGUGACCACUAUAUAUAACCACCCUUCCCAUUGCUUCAUUCAGCAGGUGCAGGAGAAUUAAUCUCUCUUUUGUUUGUGUUCUCUGCAUCUGUACCCUACCACCACUUUUUCCGUUUACGCAAAUCACCCCAACACCACCAAUAAUCAAGAUCCAUUUUUCGAUUAGGAAAGGAAACACUAAAAUGCCGCCGCUGGAAGACGAGACCUUCCCCUCAACGCCGGGCAAAUUCAAGAUCGAGCGUGCCCACACCAUGAACCGCCAGCUCUACCGCUGUUUCGCCUCCACAAGUACCAUGUUUCUAUGGGCUCUCUUUCUCAUCGCCCUCACCGCCUCCUACCUCAGCUUCCAGGGUUUCGUCGAUUCCGGUAGCCGCUAUCUCUCCGCCUCCUGGGGCGGGAUCCAGUGGGAGAAGCAGGUCCGCACAUCCGCCCAGAUCCACCGCCAGGGAGGCAUGUCUGUACUGGUAACGGGCGCAGCCGGUUUCGUCGGAUCCCACGUCUCCCUCGCCUUGAAACGACGCGGAGAUGGCGUCGUUGGCUUGGACAACUUCAACGACUACUACGACCCCUCCCUCAAGAAAGCCCGCAAAUCGCUGCUCAACACGCACGAGGUCUUCAUCGUCGAAGGCGACGUCAACGACGCCAAGCUUCUCGCCAAGCUCUUCGACGUCGUGGCCUUCACGCACGUCAUGCACCUGGCCGCACAGGCCGGCGUGCGCUACGCCAUGGAGAAUCCCCAAUCCUACGUCCACAGCAACAUCGCGGGCCUCGUCACGCUUCUCGAGACCUGCAAAUCGGCCAACCCUCAGCCCGCCAUCGUCUGGGCCUCCUCCAGUUCCGUCUACGGGCUCAACGAGAAGGUCCCCUUCUCCGAAUCGGACCGCACCGACCAGCCCGCUAGCCUCUACGCCGCCACCAAAAAAGCCGGCGAGGAAAUCACCCACACUUACAAUCACAUUUACGGAUUGUCGAUCACCGGUUUGAGGUUCUUCACUGUGUACGGACCCUGGGGGAGACCCGACAUGGCUUACUUCUCUUUCACCCGCAAUAUCUUACAGGGGAAACCCAUCACCGUCUACCGCGGUAAAAACCACGCCGACCUCGCUCGCGAUUUUACCUACAUUGAUGAUAUCGUGAAGGGGUGCCUUGGCUCCUUGGAUACCGCUGGCCAGAGUACCGGGUCGGGUGGGAAGAAACGGGGACCCGCUCCUUAUCGGAUAUUUAACCUCGGGAACACUUCGCCCGUUACCGUGCCCACUCUUGUGAGUAUCUUGGAGCGACAUUUGAAGGUUAAGGCGAAGAGGAAUAUCGUGGACAUGCCUGGAAACGGCGACGUUCCGUUUACUCACGCGAAUAUUAGUUCCGCCCGGAGAGAAUUCGGAUACAAGCCAACCACCGAUUUGCAAACCGGGUUGAAAAAGUUCGUCAAGUGGUACCUUUCCUAUUACGGCUACAAUCACGGCAAAUCUGUAAAUUAAUUUUGUUUCCCUUUUUUUUUUCGGGAGGGUUUUUUCUUUUUUAGUACGGUAGUCUUUUAUGUCACAGAUUAAAAACAGACAGUGUAAAAAAAAAAAAAAGGGAAAGAACCCCUGGUGUGGUAGAAGAACAAGGGAAACCAGACUUAAUGGAUCCGAGAGAGAAGAAAAGAGGAGAAGGAUAAGAGUAAGAGUAGAUUCUUUACUUAGGAGGCCAGCUAAAGCAGCUGUUGUUUCUUCCUUUAUUUCUUUUCUUUUUUUGGUAUUAAUUGGUGUUUUCUUUUUUACAUUUUCUUUUUCUGUAAAGAAAGAAAGUUCAAGUUCAUCCUUCA